AUGCGAGAGCUGGGGAAGGAUCCGCUCACGUGGAGCUUCGUGAAGCUCUUUGGGCUGCAGGUGGCGCGCGACCUGCGCGAGUUCGAGGGGCUGCCGGCGAGCCACGCGUGGCGGUGGAAGGCGGCGGGGCUCUGGCGCGCGCGGCUGCUGACCAAGGCGCAGUGCAGCGGCGUCGUCGUGUCCGUCGUGGAGCGCGCCGACCGCGUGGAGUUCCUGGUGGACGACGGCACUGCACUCGUCAAGGCGGUCGUGUGGGGGGAGGGCGUCCAGGCGCAAGCCGCUCUGGGAGACCUCGUGCACGUGGAGGGCAAGCUCAAUGUGGACAAGAACUGGGACGCCGUCGAGCCUUCGCGAGAGCUGCGCGUCCUCCGCAUGUCCAAGAUCGAGGACCCGAACGAGGAGCUGCUGCACUGGGCCCAAGUGAUGGAGCUGUCGCAGAGUUAUUACUCCUCUGGAGGUGGGGAGGCCCCGGAUCCAGCUUCAAAGGCGAGCAGCAGCAGCGGCAGCACAGGAGGGCGGGCGCAGUGGGAGGACAUCGCAGCCGAAGCGUUUUUCAGCUUGUCCGUGAGCCCCAGCAGCCAGCAGCAAUUCUUAAGCCGAAGUGACCGUCACCCCCACGACAGCAUUUUGAUGAGGACGCUCGAGUCCUUGCUAUUCCGACAGAAGGCGAGCGGAACGGAGGAGGCUGUCGACGUCACGUUCGGGGAUCAAAUUGCUGCAGCGGAGCGCGACGCGGCUGUCAAUGGUCAAGACGUAGCGACCACGAAGAACCAGCGGGUUCGAGCACUGCAGUUUGCCUUCCGAAAGCUUCGUCAGGCGGGACUCCUGUUCCUGGAGGACGACGAGGCAGAUCGCCAUAUUCUACUGAGCUUUGAGGCAGCGCUGAAACCCGCGCUUCUGCAGCUUUUACAAGGCCGCUCUAUCGCCGAGAUCGCAGACGCCGUGCUCGCCCAGGAGCGAUUCAAAUGCAUCUCGCUGCAGUGGAUCGAGACUGGCCUCGAGCAUCUUCUGGUGGCCCAAUUGCUCGUUCAGAGAGAAGAUUCACAGCUAUUCUUUAUCAAGAGAUGA